AUGGUUCUCGAUAAUUCUUCUACUAAUUCUACUCAACUGUUCAUUCGGGCCACCAGUCCAGUGACUGAGACAAUCGGAGAUGGUCGUCCUUCAGCAUUUCUUCCUGCUCUCUGCAUUUUGAAAUCAUAUCUUCCGCCUACGGAGCAACGGCAAGAUUUUAUGCAGCAAUCGCACGAUAACACCAUCAUUGACACCGCUUGCAACCACGAGAGAAACUUCAGCCCCGCUGGAGACACAAGUCACUCAGCUGGUGUCCUUCGAUUACCGCGAAUUUUGCCACUCGAAAAGCAGCUAGUCACUACAUCUGCCGUCAAAUUGGCUAGUGCGAGCAGGCGAAAGAAGGAAGCGAAGUUUUUUUGCCCAGUUCCAGGAUGCGACACCACCUUUACGCGUCGAGAUAAUUUAAACGGCCAGUCCACUUUUUUUGAUAUUCGAUUCGCUCGACACUGGUUCUAA